CCCAUGGUGCAUGUUGAUGACAGAACAGAUGGUGAGGGUUGCCUGUUUUUUGUCGGAGUCAGAGUUGUUUGAGUCCAGCUGACCUGCGCCAGGCAGCUGCUCGUCACUGUGCGCCGCUGCAGCUGAAGUCUCAGCGUGUCUCCAGCAGCACCGGGGAUCACAGCGAGGGUUUUUUCCUCCCCUCCUAUCUCGUCCUCAGGGCUGAUCAUUCUUCUUCGGAAAUAUAGCCUACUCUGCCCGUCUCGCGCAUCAUCCUGGAGAUGCGGAUACCGCAUGGGUCAGUAGCCUGCAGCAGCCUCGCGCACGGAGGAUACAGCGAUUUAAAGGCUUAAAACCCCAGAGAGGAAAAGAGUGAAAACUCUCCACAGAUAAAGUCUGGACCAGAUGAUCUUCUGCCCUGGAAGCAUCAAAUAGCUUCCUCCUGGAUCAGAAAUUACCAGUCUGCAGAGCACCUACAGCAUCCAGCGAGCAGUUAAGAAGACUAAUGCUCAUGAACCUUCCCUGCAAGGCUUUCCCCAGAACCCUGCCUCUCGUCUAGGCUUUGUUUGCGCGUACAACAUGGCGUUCAGUUCACAACCCUGGCCUCCUCUACUCUGGCUGUGCAUGGGAUUAUUUCUUUCCUCUUUGUCACCAAUUCUUUGCAAAGAAUGCCCCCAUUUGUGCGUUUGCGAGAUCCGUCCUUGGUUCACCCCCCAGUCGACCUACAAGGAAGCAACCACAGUGGACUGCAACGACCUGAGGCUAACGCACAUCCCGACCAACCUGUCAAUUGAUACGCAGGUGUUACUGCUCCAGAGUAAUGCCAUCUCUCAUACAAGUGGAGAACUGGAGGCACUGUUGAACCUGACAGAGCUGGAUCUAUCCCAGAAUAACUUCAGUACAGUGGAAGCAGUGGGUCUCACAGGUAUGAAGCACCUGACCACCCUGCAUCUGGAAGAGAAUCAGAUCAGCCAGCUGCCCGACCACUGCCUGGGAAAUCUCUCCAACCUCCAGGAGCUCUACAUCAACCACAACCAGAUUAGUUCCAUCUCUGCUCGGGCCUUUGCGGGUUUGCACAGCCUGCUGCGCCUUCAUCUUAAUUCCAACAAGCUUCAUGUCAUAGACAGUCGCUGGUUUGAAGAAACACCCAACCUGGAGAUCCUGAUGAUUGGGGAGAACCCAGUUAUCGGCCUUCUGGACAUGAACUUUAAGCCUCUGAAAAGCCUGAGGAGUCUUGUUCUGGCUGGCAUGGAUCUCACUGAUGUUCCAGCAGAUGCAUUCGUUGGUUUGGAUACCCUCGAAAGCAUUUCUUUCUAUGACAACAAACUGGUCCGAAUCCCUCAACUGGCCCUUCAGAAAGUUCCCAAUCUAAAAUUCUUAGAUUUAAACAAAAACCCUGUUCACAAAAUUCAGGAAGGAGAUUUCAGGAACAUGCUACGACUGAAGGAGCUGGGAAUCAAUAAUAUGAUGGAGUUAGUGUCCAUCGACCGAUACGCCAUGGACAACCUACCAGAACUGACGAAACUGGAGGCCACCAACAACCCUAAGCUGUCUUACGUUCACAGGUUGGCCUUCAGGGACAUGCCCUCCUUGGAGAGCUUGAUGCUCAACAAUAAUGCCCUCACUGCCCUCUACCAGCACACAGUGGAGGUACUGCCUAAUCUUCGAGAGAUCAGUGUACACAGCAAUCCACUUCGCUGUGACUGUGUCAUUCAGUGGAUGAGUUCCAACAGAACCACAGUGCGCUUCAUGGAGCCUGUAGCCAUGUUGUGCAGCUCCCCACCAGAGCUCAGAGGCCAGCGGGUUCGAGAGCUGAAGCUACUGGAUGCUCCUGAGCAGUGUCUCCCCCUCAUAUCCCACAACACAUUCCCGAGCCACUUAAACCUUGAGCUUGGUAUGAGUGUCAGUCUCGACUGCAGGGCAAUGUCUGAGCCAGAGCCUGAGAUCUACUGGGUGACUCCUCUUGGGUCCAAAAUCACGGUUGACACCGUGUCAGAGAGGCACCACUUGAGCAGUGAGGGAACGCUUCGGCUGUCGCAUGUUCAGGUGGAGGAUUCUGGUCGUUACACAUGUGUGGCACAGAACGCAGAAGGAGCUGACACAAGAGUGGCCACGGUCCGCGUGAAUGGAACCCUUCUGGACAGCGCCCAAGUGAUGAAGAUCUACGUCAAGCAGACUGAGUCACACUCAAUCCUUGUCUCCUGGAAAGUCAAUUCUAAUGUCCUGUCCUCGGACUUAAAGUGGGCCUCAGCCACCAUGAAGAUCGACAACCCACACAUUACCUACACAGCUCGCGUCCCUGUGGAUGUUCACGAAUACAACCUGACACAUCUCCAACCUGCAACGGAGUACGAGGUGUGCCUCACUGUCUCCAACGUCCACCUGCAGACACACAAGUCGUGUGUUAAUGUCACAACACGUAGCACUACCUUUGCCUUGGACCUCUCAGAUCAGCAUCCUAGCGCGGCUGUGCUGGCUGUCAUGGCAACUAUGCUAGCUUUCAUCAGUCUGGGCACUGUGGGUGUCUACAUGGCCCGCAGAUGGAAGAGAAAAAACUACCACCACUCUCUGAAGAAAUACAUGCUGAAGACAUCCUCCAUCCCUCUGAAUGAGCUCUAUCCUCCGCUCAUCAACCUGUGGGAGGCUGAGGGCGAGAAGGACAAAGAUGGCGGCACAGAGGGGAAACCCUCUCCUGUUGACACCACACGUAGUUAUUACAUGUGGUGAGGAUUUAGUAAGGAGGCCUUGCUGCCUCUUCAGCAGCACAAAAAGACACACUUUUGCCAUUUUGGUGCAAAAGUCGAGUAAAGUUGCAAAGUUUUUUGUAUUCUCAGCUUUGCUUAUAUGAGGCAGAGUGAUCAAGGACAUGAUUUUUAUUAGUAUAGCGUAUCGCCUUCGUUCGAUUCUUUCUAUCUCUUAAAUGGUUUUGAACUCUCCGAGUUGGCAGCUGUAUUUAGCCUGCAGGUUGUCUUAGUUGCUAAGCUUUUUGUUUAUGUGGUGCAUUUUUGACUCACUUUCUUCUGAGUUAACUAUACAGCAGUGGGGGCCGAUGGUCCUUGUGCAGCAUUAGUGGAAAUCAGUGUUUCGUUGUAAAACAGGAAAUCUGUUGUACACUGAUGGGUAAUGAAGUUUGUCUGAACUUCAGUUAAAUGCUGACAGCAGGGUUUAGACUUGUUAAACUGUCAACUGAAUGUUAGCAACUGUGCAGUAAUGUUGUAUCAACUAUACCUUUGAAAUUUGAUUUGAAUUACAAGAGAAUAGAUGUUUAGUUUGCUUAUAUUGUGAUUUUAAUGCUAGACAUACAAAUGAUUGAGUUUUUUACUAUGGUGCACUAGAAUAUUUUCAUUCCUCUUCCUGUUUACUCUCUUAUUUU